AUGGAAAACGCAUUUGCACCAAUCAGUGAAGCCUGUGUUAAGGCGCUUAGCGAUAAAACCUACGACAAACGAAAAAUGGCAGCGCUUGAAAUAGAAAAAAUGGUAAUUGACUUCAAGUCGAAAAAGAAUAUGACACAAAUCAAGCGUAUCAUCGAUCUACUGAGCAAAGACUUCGUGCGGUCGAAUGACUCAAACAAAAAGAAGGGCGGACUAAUCGCUCUGGCUGCAACGAGUAUCGCGUUGGGAAAAGACACUGAAAAAUUCAUCGAGGACAUUGUCAAUCCUAUCAUGAACUGCCUGAUUGAUAGCGACAAUCGUGUGCGAUUUUUUGCUAGCGAAUCACUGUACAAUGUAGUAAAAGUAGCGCGAGGGGCGGUGCUGCCGUUCUUUCCGAGUGUUUUUAAUGCACUCAGCCGGCUUGUAACCGACCCAGAUGUAAGCAUAAAAAACGGCAGUGAAAUUCUCGAUCGCCUGCUGAAAGACAUUGUAAUCGAAUCAUCGCAAACAUUCGAUCUCGAUGCGUUCAUACCGCUUGUACGAGAACGCAUAAUGGUAAAAAGUUCGUUCGCACGACAGUUCAUUAUAUCGUGGAUUUCUGUGUUGAAUGCAGUUCCCGAAAUAAAUAUGGUCGUCUUUUUGCCCGAGAUUUUACAUGGUCUGUUCCAGAUGCUUGAGGACCCACUACCUGAAAUUCAGCGCAUGUGUGAGUCUCUGUUGGCUCAAUUCCUCAAAAUCAUUAAGGCGGAUCCUACUACGGCAGAUAUUCCUAAGAUGACUAACGUGUUGAUCGUUCAAGCGCAGUCAAGCAAUCCUUUGAUCCAGUUCUACGCCAUUUCAUGGAUCAAGGAGUUUGUUCAGCUUUCAGGUGGUGAGAUACUAAGCUUCUCGAGUGGUAUUUUUACUGCAAUAUUGCCCUGUUUGGCAUUUGAGAGUGAUGCGAAAAAGAACAUUAAGGACUGCGCAAAUGCUGUAAAUCUCAAUCUGCUGGAGCUGGUAUCGAAUGGUGAGGACAAGCAAAAGAAUCUCAGCUAUCUUGAUCUUAACUCCGUGAUGGAGGUUCUUCGUCAGUAUCUCGUCCAUAGUCCAGUGCCAACAAAGAUUGCUGUCCUUAAAUGGGUACAUCAUUUAUUCACAGAAGUGCACGACGAAAUGUCGGAGCAUGCGAAUAAAUUGUUUCCGGUCCUGCUUCGUGAUUGCCUUUCAGACAGCUCGGAUGAAGUUGUGCUGCAGGCGAUUGUUGUGCUGGCCGAGAUUGUUAAUUCUGCCACAGUCAAAGGCAAUGAUUUCGAUCAAACCCAGUACAGACAAUUUUUGGUAGAGUUAUUAAAUUUGUUCAGCGAAAACAACACUUUCCUGGAGAAACGCGGCACAUUGAUCAUACGCCAGCUUUGUCGUUUGCUCAAUGCGGAGUAUAUCUACCGUACGUUCGCAGAAAUUUUACUGGAAGAGCGAAUCAAUCUCAAGAUAGCCUCUACUAUGGUGCGAACACUCAACAUGAUAUUACUAACUACAUCCGACCUAUUCGAUCUUCGCAACAUGCUUCACGAUAUACGAAAUGAGAAAUCCGCCUCACUCUUCAAGUGCCUUUAUAAAUGUUGGGCACAUUGUCCCGUGUCAACUUUAUCACUCUGUUUGUUGGCGCAAUGCUACCAGCAUGUAUCAGAAAUCGUCACGUUAUUUGCUGACAUUGAAAUAACAGUUGAUUUCUUGGUGGAAAUAGAUAAAAUGGUGCAACUGAUUGAAUCCCCCAUAUUCGCCUCUUUGCGCCUGGCGCUAAUAUCGCAUUCGAACGAUAAUGCUGAUGCACAACAUUUAUCUCGAGCAUUGUAUGGCAUCCUGAUGUUACUCCCCCAGACGGAAGCUUUCCAUCUGUUAAAUAAUCGUCUGAAAUGCGUCCCGAACUACUGGAGCCAACCGAACAAAAUCAACUCCAAAUCAACCAACGAAAGUCAGUGCAAUAUUGAUUUUGGUCAGCUUUUCACUUAUUUCAAGUACAUUCAAGAUCUACACCACCAAAAACGUGUUGAGAAGAGAAAAAAGAACCAAUUUUAAUGCUGCUCUCAUCAGAUACUGCAUGAGCAUUAGCGAUCAAAGAAAAAAUCAAUUAUGUUAAUGGGUUGUAUUCUAUUCAACUCUUUUAUAAAUAAUAACCAGCGUAGUCGUUGUCGAAAGAACUGCUACAAUCACGACUCUAUUAAAUUGUUAAGUCAAACAAACAGAAAAACUGAUGCUUGUUUUGAA